AUGAUUAAGAAAGAAAAGGAUCAGGAAGGGACUACAAAGAGAAGAUUUAAGAACAAGGCCAAAAAGAAAACAGAAAAGAAGAUCCCUAAAAAGAAGAAUAAAGUGAUUUUCAAAACUGUGGCUCCUGGAGAAAUUGCUAAGAGAAAAAGAAACAAAAAUGAGCCUUAUAAGCAAUAUGUGAUUGAACAAAGAAAAGAUGAGAAAAUGAAAGGUGCUGGGAAUGAAUCUCAUCAGAUCAAGGAACAUAUGGAUGAGAAAAGGAAAGAUGAUAAGCAGAAAGAGAAUGUUGGAGAAAACAGCAAAAUUAAUCAAGUUGAUAGUCAACAAGAGAUCACUCAUAUCAGUAACAAUGAAGAGAGUGAGAAAGUGAGAAAUAUUGAAUCAAUUCAAGAAGUUAGUUCCAAAAGAAAUACGGAAGAAAUGGAAGAAGGAGAGUUACUUCCUAUAAGUAUACCUUCACAUUUGAAGAAUGUAGAAUCCAUUGAGUUGCUUGUUCAACUUCCUCCUAUAGAACAAGAAGUGAAUAAGGAAAUUAACAACAAUUAUGAAGUGGAAGGAAGCACCCCUACAGAAUCCAAAACAGAUAUGGACAAUAACAAGAGAAGCACGAAUGGAAAUGGGAAACAAGAAAAAGAAAAAAGAGGAAGAAAAGACAUUAGAGAAUCUGGUAUAGUACAAGCUCUAUCAAUAGAUUCUAUUGACUCAACCAAAAACAGAAAAGAGCAGUCGGAUACUGCACAAAGUCAAAGAAAGAAAUUUUCCACUGACUUAAGGGGCAGGGGCAGAAGCAAAAUAGGGAAUAAAAGCAAGGAAACCAAAUCAAAGCCUACAGCUACUAACAAAGUAAGAGACAAAGGUCAAAGACAAAGUGCCCCUCCAAUACCCAGUCAUGAUUAA